AUGGCUUCCGAGAAGCUGUUCCGCGAUAUUCCCCCCUUUCCCGAAAAUGUACCCACGAUGCCAAUGCACACCGUUUCGCUGGCCGGCUUGAACUCGAGAGAUGAAAAGACGGCGCAGCAGGCACUGGAUGCGUGCCAGGAGCUUGGCUUCUUCCUCGUCGACCUGCGCGGCGAUGAAUUGGGCGAGGCCGUCAUGGAGGAGAUUGACCACUUAUUUGCGGUUGGCAAGGACAUCAUGGACCUCCCGCAGGACGUCAAGCGAGCGUUUUUACACGAUAUCCCAAGGAGCUUUCUAGGGUUCAAGCCGCGUGGCCAUGCCAAAACCGAGACGGAGGAGCCGGACCGCUUUGAGUGGUUCAAUAUCGGGCAAGACGGCCUCAUGGGCACCACGCCGCUUCAACCACUGCCCGCGCUCGUGCACACUCACCUCGCCCUGUUCACCUCGUUCCUCAAGCACGCCCAGCGCAUCGUCGCAACAGUCAGCGCCACGCUCGCAAGGCAGCUGUCCCUGCCAGAAGACACAUUCUCCUCGCUGCAAACACCGACCAAGCCGUCCGGGACCGUCGUCCGGCUCAUCAAGGCCUUUGCCAGUCCCGCGGCCCAGGACCUGCGGACGAGCAUGAUCCACCACACCGACUUUGGCACCGUCACGCUCCUCGCAAACGUGCUCGGCGGCCUGCAGAUUCUCACUCCCGGCGGGUGUGCGGCCGACGAGGAUGCAUGGCGCUGGGUGCGGCCGCAGCCGGGGUGUCUGAUUGUCAACCUCGGCGACGCCAUGGUGCAGUGGACGGGCGGGCUCUUGCGCAGCAACGUCCAUCGCAUCCGGUACCCGCCGGGCGAGCAGCGCUUCGUCGACCGGUACAGCCUGGCGCUUCUCGUGCGGCCGGAGCGCGAUGCGAGCAUGAGGAGCAAGGUCGGCGCCGAGGCGGACGACGCAGAGGAUGCCAACUUGACGGCGUGGGAGUGGGAGGUGAAAAAGGCCAUGUCUUUGUCGAGAGGCGAGGCCGUCAUGAAAAGCACAGGCGGGAAGCCAGUUGUCGUCUAG